AUGAAAUGCAAGAAGCAGCAGUCACCACAGGAAUGCCAACUGGCUAAGAAGUGGCAGAGGAUGGUGGCCAUGGGGAGGAAGAGGCUCGCCCAGAGUACGACGGUGAAAAGAGCCGCCGAGGAGUGUUGUGCGACGACCUCAGUAGCGGUGAAGGGACAAUGCGUGGUGUAUACAGCCGAUGGGGGUCGGUUCGAGGUGCCACUGGCGUACCUCGGCACGGCGGUCUUCAUCGAGCUUCUGAGGAUGUCUCAGGGGAAGUUUGGGUUCGCGGGCAGCGACGACGGUCGCAUCGCGCUGCUCUGCGACGCUGUGGUUAUGGAAUACGCCAUGUGCUUGCUCAGGAGAGAUGCUUCCACGGAGGUAGUGAUGGCGUUCCUGAGUUCCAUUGCCAGGUCGUGCUGCUUUGACGGCAGUGUGGUGGUGCCACGUGUAGGGUUUAGCCAGUAUGUAGCUGUUUGUUAGCUUCUGAAGAACGGCAGCUAACUAGGAUCCUUGUUCCAGGCACCAUAUUUUGUUCAAUGGAAGAUGUAAAUACAAAGUUAGUACAUUAGAAUUGGGAACAAAAAAAUUGUGAUGCAAUUAGCAAAAUAUUUAGUUCAACUGUCUGUUUCAGAGUGGGUACUUCAGUAGCACAAUUAUAUUUUUGUGUGUUAACAAAUUCAGUCAAGGCGUACACCUAGAAACUACAACUAACGCAGUUCUGCACACAUUUUCUUUUAAAGAAUUAGACAUAUUUAAAGAAUUUAGUGAAGAGAAAAGCAAACGCUCAUACAUUCAAGU